GGUCACCACAGGCGACCAUAUCCUGAUCAACACAUGUCGAUCAUGUCACAGAAUCGACAUUUCAAUGAUUUCCAGCGAGUGCAUUGCCAGCUACUGCAACCGUCGCCCUCGUUCAAAUUGACUUCUCAGACGCAGAUCUUUUCAUUCAAAACUUGGAGUCCUUCCGAUUACCGUUCGCUAACUGUGCAAAGAAUCACGCCCGGAAUUCUUCCUAUUCGGUACCAUUGAUUUGUUUCACCGAAGCAAAUUAGGUUGGCCUUGCUAGGAGGAGUGUCUGGUAUGUGGCACUCAAUUGAACAAAAUGUACUCUAUUCUUACCGUAAGUUAAAUUUUGGUUAGAUACCAUUGCUGACGUCUUUGCUGCUCUGCGAGCAUCAUGCUGCAGUUCGCUACACAAACGGCAACCAAGAAUAACCUCCCUCGACGGACACACAGUCUCUCAAUAGCGGCGUCCAAAGCACCCAUUUUUACUGAGAUAGAUGAGGAACUCCAUGACAUUAAGCGAGUGCACACACAUGGACAAGAGGAGGACCUGCGAAUGGGUCUGUCACGGACGAUCUCCAGAGUCGAACAACUCUCCUCAUUGCUCAAAGAAGCCUAUAAAGUCCAAACAGACCUCCAGACAGAGUUGACACUUGCCAAGUCAAAUCUACAACUUGCAUUGGCGAAUAACGAAAUGCUUGAAGAUGCACUCAAUCGUGAUGUGCCUGGGUCGUCCAAGGACGUUGGAUGGCGUCGAUGGGGUGCCAAGGAGCAAAGAGAACGGGAGGCGGAGGACAGCAGGCGUCAGAGCAUGGAUAGUACUCGGUCCAUGGACGUCCCUUCACCAAGUAUCUCCUCUCCUGUACCUUCAUCCGAUUCAAGGUUCUUCAGAUUCCGAUUCGGGAGUGCAGCUAGCGCAACCACAACGAGUUUCCCAUCGUCCCCCCGCGUUUCAGGGAAUGUAUCACCGGUUGUAAAUGGACACCCAGCGCACCUCACAUCGGCUUCUCUUCCCUCACUAGUGCCUCAACGGGAGAAGGAGUUGGAGGAGCUCAAUGCGGAGCUUGAGCGGGAGCGGAAGGCUUUGAAGGAGGCUACUGCUGCUAAGGAAGCUCUUGAGGCCGAGCUUGAGUCGCUUUCUCAGGCAUUAUUCGAGGAGGCGAAUAACAUGGUUGCCACGGAACGCCGAAAGUUAGCAGAGACCGAAGACGAACUCAAAGAAGCCCAAGCAGAAAAGGAAGCGCUACGGAGUGCGCUACGACUUGUCGAGAGUCAGCGUGCAACUCCAACAGGGAGCGAAUCAAGUUCUCCUCAAAUUUCUUAUUCCUUCUCACAUCUGCGUAACAUCUCUGCAUCAUCCGCGAUCGCUAUCAAGUCACCACCUUCAACAUCUCCAUUUGCAUCUCCUGUUUCGUCGCAACUUUCACUCCCAGAACAGCCCUCUUCCGCUAGGACCAUCGUUCCCAGCCCCACUCCCAGUUCGGAGCAAAGAACACCGUCUGUUGAAGAUAAGAGGGACCUUCCUAAGGUAGACGAAGAUGGCGAGAACCCGAAUCUAGAAUCACCCCCAUCUCCAUCGCCGCACAGCUCCCCAGGACCGUCCGCACCUACGCUAGCGAUACGUCCAGUCACCUUCUAUGAUGAAGGUGCGUCGCCUUGGGCUGACGUCCGGUCCGCAACCAACACACCUCGUCUGGAAGCAGCAGAGGUAUAGGCUUACCCUAGGUUUGUCUGGAAUGAUUCUCGUCGACUUCUCUCAUCUAUCGUCGCACACUCAUCGUCCCGGCUGGUCCGUAGAAACGCAUAACUCAUUUUUCACCCCAGGUUUUCUUGUUUUCACAGUUGUGGCAUAGGCAUAAUUAUAUACAAUCUUCAUAUGGAUAUGAAUUUAUCGUGACACUCCAGGACCCAAUCAUAGACCUUUUCCCGUGUACUUCAAAGUAGGCUUCCGCAUACGGAAGAAAUCAAAACGAUGAACAAAACCAAUUCAUUCACCGGCACAUUCUUGGACAGGAGAUGCAAAUGGAUUAUAAGC